UACGUUUGAUGGUCACCUCGCACUGUGUAGUCCUUGCAGCAACUUUGAAUCUUGAGCGAUUGGAUCUCCCAGAAACUCUACCUUGAUCUGGCGGAUAACGUAUGCAUAUUCACAUAUCCAAACGUUGCAAGUCUUGCUUAUAUUCACUUGCUAACAUUGGAGCACAGAGAGCUAACUCUUAAUGUCCGUGACAGGAAGAGUCUAUGUCUGUAGCCUAGGUAUGAAUAUACUAUAUAUACCUAGUUAUGUAUAGAACAAGGUUACCCUUGGAAAGUUCUGAAAGAAUUGUCCCCUGAAAAGGAGCCUCAAUGGAGAUCGAAAUAUGUAUUAUGUCAUCCAAUUCACGUGCGCUCUUCCCUAGCGCAAGUCGGCCCGUUGGUACCCACCUGCAUGUCUAACUCUACUGUGAUACCUAAACCAUCGGUACUGGCUCUGCCCCGCGCGCGCAACCAUCAACCUCCCAAACUUAUUGUCUCACGACCAGAAGAUGCAGUCCCUGCCCGACGCACGUCAACAAUCUUUCGAGGAGCUUUAUGGCCCUCCUGAGAAUUUCCUCGAAAUAGAGGUUCGCAACCCCAUGACCCAUGGCGUCGGCCGGGGCAUGUACACAACCUAUGAGAUCGUUAUGCGUACGAACAUACCGUCCUUCAAGUUGAAGUCUUCUUUCGUUCGACGUCGUUAUAGCGACUUCGAAGCCUUCCGCGACAUUCUGGAGCGCGAGUCUGCAAGAGUUACGAUACCACCGCUACCUGGCAAAGUCCUCACGAACCGCUUCUCGGAUGACGUGAUCGAACACCGCAGGGAGGGUUUACAAAGGUUUCUCCAGAUUGUGGUGGGACACCCGUUGCUCCAGACGGGCAGCAAAGUGCUCGCAGCAUUUGUACAAGAUCCAAACUGGGACCGCCACGCUUGGUGACCGCUUCAUCGAUUCCUGCCUUUUAGCGACAUUUCCUUUCUUUCCUUCCAUAUCCAGGCGCGACUCUUCAAUACCAUUUGUUCGAUGAUCACACGACCUGACGAGGGCAUGAAUGAUGACCAGAGUGUGGUGGUAUUUCAGACUUGGAUGAAAAUGUUCGUUGUCAGGAGGCAUUCUCAUGCGUUUCGGAGCAUUUGGGAUAUUUCGUGGUGAUGGAAUGCUCAUGGCUUGGCUAUGCUUCAUCUUAGCAAUUCAAUAUUUUCUUAUUC